UGUUUCUUUGCCAUAACAGGGAGGUCCUAUGGCCAAAGGAGACCUCCACUGACCCACAUUUUGAAAAGUAUCUUAGAAAGAUAUCCAGAUGGAGGACAAAUCUUAAAGGUAUGAAUGAUGAUGCUUCUCUCAGCAUUGCAUCAGAUAAGAAAAAACUUGUACAGUCAACCCGGUUUAAAAGAGCAAGUAUACACUUCGUUUCUAUCGAUCGACUGAAUGAAUAGAGGGUACUCCUGGACUGGGAAAACAUCAGCAGUAAUGGAGUGUUAAAAAUUGUUGAGUAUAGCGUGAGGAGGAAGAAUGAUCUUCCGCAGUAAUGAUCGAUUGACGAAUUGAUUAAUACAAUGAGGGGAACCGAAACCUUACGUGAAUCGUGACCGAAGGCUACUUAUUUCCCUGUGAAAGGAGAAUACAACAGUCAUAUGUCUGUGACCGCCUACACUUUAAGACAAGGGUGAAAUAAUUCAUAUUUAAUGUUCCAAGCAGAGAUACAUGGGACCCUUUUAAAUCAGUGCUAGUGAAUGUUCAUGUUUCGUUUCCCUUUGUUUUGUUUUCCUGAAAAAUGACAAAAACUCUUCUUACUGUCGAUUCAACAAUAAUGAGUUGGUAAUAAUUUCAUGAAUUUAAAACACAAGCACUCACACAUGAGAAACAUGUGCUAACGAGUCAACAUAAAAUAAAUGUUGUGGUACAUAAAUAAAAUAUAGUACAAAGAUUUUCAUUUCCUUCCUGUUAACCUCGUCGUUAUUUGAAACCUAGGUCAUAUUGUCUUUUUUCGUGCAGGAAAUUAUUCAGAAUGCAGAUGACGCAGGUGCCACAAAAGUGUCCUUUCUCCUUGAUUCACGUCAGGACUUUUACGGAGGGAACUCGCUUGUCGCACCCAGUCUUUCGCAGUUCCAGGGCCCUGCUUUAUAUGCUCAGAACAAUGCUUUGUUCGAGGAAAGUGACUGGGAAAACUUGCAGAAACUAAUGGAUAGCAAUAAGAAGGAUGACCCUUUAAAAAUUGGUCGAUUUGGAAUUGGCUUCAAUUCUGUUUACCAUUUGACUGGUAAGUUUCUUUAGGGGUGACAAAAAAUCAUUGCCAAGUAACAUCGUAACAGAUCAUUGAAAUUCUCGGAUUGCAAUGCAAAAAGAAACUUGCUGGGAACAGAAGAGCGGAAAUCCUUACCGAAAAAUUUUAUCUUGUGUCUAGAAAAAAAAUCAUAACAAGUUACGUUCUAAAAUCAUCCGUUCAACUAAGCAACUGCACAUCCUUUAAAUGUACGUGUUGAAAUAGAUUGGGUACCUGCACAUAGUGAUGAGACAAUUAUUUUUACUAAACUGGUUACUUCUUAUCACAUGAUUCAGAUCUGCCCAGCAUCGUGAGUGGAGAUUCUAUUGUAUUUCUUGAUCCUCACGAAAUACACUUUGGUAGAGGGGAAACGGGUCAGCAAUUUUCCCUUGAGGAUGAACUCCUUGAAAAUCACGAAGACCAGUUCAAGCCUUACGAGAAUGUCUUAGACUGCAAAAUUUCGACUCAAUUUUACAAUGGAACUUUGUUUCGUUUUCCCCUGCGAAGAGCACCGUCAGACUUAUCCGAAAAGGUUUACAGUAAGGAAAAAGUCGGCAAAUUAUUUCAAGCCCUCAAAGAGGAAGCACCUGUCAUUCUGCUCUUCUUGAAAAAUAUUGAAGAAAUUGCUCUGUUUGAAACUAAUGAGAGAGGCAUUCAAAGACAUGUCUUUACAGUUCGACUGAGUGACAGCUGCCGGCAAGAAGUAAGAGACAAGAAGAUAAUUUUUUUUAAUCAUUUGAGAAGGCUGAGCAACGGGCAAAUUGAAAACAUAAAUCUUUCUUUAGAUUUGCAUGUCCUUGAAAAGACUGAAGGAGGAGGAGAGGUGGAAAAUAAAUGGCUUGUGUACCACCAGGUUGAUGCUCGAAAUUCAACUCUCAAAAAAUUGUCCCUAGAGUUAGGUCUCCUGCCUUGGGUGGCCUUUGCCACACCAGUGAAUGCAGUCACACUUCAAUCUCUCUCAUCAAGACCUGGAAGAAUCUUCUGCUUCUUACCACUUCCACCAGACGCUGACUCCAAGACCGGUUUGCCAGUUCACGUGCAUGGCUACUUUGGCCUCACAGAUAAUCGGCGUGGUCUUAAAUGGCCAGGCCUUGACUGUCAGGAUGAUCCAACCGCAGAAUGGAAUGUGUCACUAGUGCAGCAUGUUGCGAGUGAGGCCUACGCCAACGUAUUGCUCCUUGUUAGAGAUUCAUGUGACUCUUCAGUUGGCGCAGAUUUGGUGUACAAGUCCUGGCCAAACAUUCAGAAAGUUGAGAUACACUGGCAGUGUAUGCUAAAGCACAUGUUUUCGAUUUUAUUGAAAGAAAACAUCUUCUGGACCCCUGCACAUCGUGGUCAGUGGAAAAACCUUGGUGACGCCUACUUGGACAGAAUGACAACCCAAUUUCAGAAUACAUCCGAUGAAACAAGACGCGCAGUUCUAGACACAUUGACGCAAGCAAAUGAGGCCGUUGUAAUCGUCCCGAGCCACGUCAUGAUUGCGAUUGAUAAAUACACGUCAAUUUUUACGAAGAGCAUCACUCCCACAUUCUUGAGAGCUCUGCUGAAAAAGAAGGAAAAGGGAGUUUGGAAGAUAACCAAUGUACCGAAGGAGAAGAAGCUUUUACUACUCGAAUUUGCUCUCGCGGACAAGAACCUCAGCGACAUGCGAGGAGUUCCCCUUUUGCCCCUCGCAAAUGGAAGUUUUGUUGAUUUCCGCUCAAUCCAAUACAACCGAGAACCAGCCGCUGCUGUGUACGUUUCGUCAACAAACAUUCCCCGUUCUAUUUUCCACAACAUGGACAGUAAGUUCCUCGACGACAACGUUAAAACUCCUGCCAUUUCAUAUUUGUCGAAGGUUGCUACUGAUGCCGAAAGUCCCAACACAAUCCAACCCGUGCAACUCGUCAAAUUGAAUCAAGCCAAGACUCUCAAGCUCCUGCGAGAGAUGCUUCCAUCGGAAUGGUAUAGAGGAAAUCAUCCAGUACCUUGGUACCCCGGCAGAAAUGGGCAUCCGCCAGAGCGCUGGUUGGAGUCAGUUUGGAAGUGGAUUCAGAGAAUGUUCUCUGAUCUCUCCUUGCUCGAAAACCUCCCGCUCAUUCCGCACACAUUUGCUGGAAACCGAAGCAUAGUGAAGCUGAGUUCAUCAAGUGUCGUCAUCAGAAGACAUUACCAGAGUGUUUAUUUACCGCCGCUUAUUGUGUCUUUGCUUGAAAAAACUGGCUGCAUUGUUCUAGAAAAUCUUCCAUCGUACAUUCAUCACAACACCCUACAUAGAUACGUCGCCUCACCUGAUCCUAAUGGCGUCCUAAAGGUCUUGUCUACGUUGGAUCAAAGCAGAUGCGUAUCAAUGAUUACCCAUUGUUCAUCUGAUGAGAAGCAAGCGCUACGAAGUUUCCUCUCUUUCGCGUCCUCAAGUGUUGAUCAAAGAAACCUCCUGUAUAACCUUCCUAUUUUUGAUGCAGCAGAUGGAUACUCCUUCAUUGCUCUAAGAAAUGGAUUUCAAUUUCAUGGUGUGUUACCCUAUGACUUCAAACUUCCUCAAUCCUUGCCGAUACCAAGAGCGUCCUCGGUCAUUACCUUGAGAGAUAGCGAAUCUCAUACCCUAAUUCAUAGACUUGGAAUCUCACCGAUGACAAAAACAACCUUCCUACGAAACAUUGUCUUUAGUGGCAUACAGAGCAAUUUCUAUAGUCAUCAGCAGAUCUCUACGCUAAUGUGCUGGGUACUUAGCCAGUAUUCCCUUUUUUGCGGGGAAGACAGCUCAUUUCAUGCAUCUCUUCAACAACUGCCCUUUGUAAUCACCAGGAGUAAUAAGUUGGUUACUCCAUGUUGCGUUCUUGAUCCACAACAACCCAUUUUGGAGCAACUGUUUGAGAGCGAAAACGACAAAUUUCCAAAUGAAAGUUUCAUCAAAGAUGAAAUCCUUCUACGUCUUCGGCAACUUGGAAUGAGGAGUAUUCCAAAUAACGAGGACAUUCUACAUGUUGCUAGAACAGUUGAUAAGAUUCAAAGCGAUGUGGGAUCCCGUAAAGCAUCAGCCCUGUUAGAGUUUCUCGACAAAAACCCACCUGACAAAUUCUUGAGCCAAGCCCUGAUGAACGAGAGGUGGGUUCCAAGAAAGCAGAGUCGUCCUUCUUCCUAUCCUCGUGUGAUGCCUUGGUUUUCAGGAAAAAAGCAUUUCUACACACCUUCUGAAACGUUCAGCCAAUCGAAAGCUACUCUUGUAGGAGCUUCAGCGCCAAUAGUCUCCAAAUCUUGUUCCAAAGCAUUAGAGGCUGUAUUUGGUUGGAACAAAUCACCACCUGUCCACCACCUUUUAAACCAGUUGCGUUCUGCUUGUUUGGUACGAUUGAAUGACAUGAACGGGAGUGCUCUGUAUCAUUUUCAAGUGAUGGUAAAACAGAUCUACGAAGAAGCAUCCAGCAAUGCUAGCUUCAUUUACGCUGUAAGUCAGGAUAACAGCUUCCCUCAGUGGAUUUGGCAUGGGUGUGGAUUUUCAUCACCGUCUAGAAUAGCAUUAACAUCUUGCUACAGAAUCGACUUGAGGCCUUACCUUUACAUAGUUCCACAAGAAUUUCAACUCCUUAACUCAUUCUUCCAGCGAUUUGGUGUUCGUGAAAAAUUUCAAGAUUCCGAUUUGUUGCGUGUUCUGAAAAUGAUAAAAGACAAACAUGACACCAGCAGUGACUAUCUAGAAGAUGUGGCAGAUGAUCGAAAGCUGUCACAUGAGAUUCUCCACUGGAUAGUUAGAGAUGGAAAGAAACUCAAUCCAGAACUUCGAGAAAGUCUUCUGGUGCCGAUUCACACCUGGGAUAAUACCUUGAAGUUGGUUCCAUGUUCGGAGUGCACUUUUUGUGACGCAGAGUGGCUUAGAAAAGGAGGGACAGAACUUCUUAUCACAAGCGAAUUUCCAAUGAUCCACGAGGCUAUAUCUUCCAAAACCGCUGCUCUGCUUGGUGUUCCACCAAUCAGCACCCGUGUCACUUGUGCAGAGGCUCUAGGUAUCGAGCAAACAGGUCCCCACGAGCCAAUCACCACGAGGCUGAAGAAUAUUCUGAACGAGUACAAAGAAGGGGUUGGUGUCUUCAAGGAAUUGGUGCAGAAUGCAGAUGAUGCUGGUGCAACAGAAGUUCAGUUCGUUCUUGACUGGCGCAAUCACCCAAACCUGAGGCUUUUGUCACCGGGAAUGGUAGAAUGCCAAGGUCCCGCCCUGUUGGCAUACAACAAUGCAACCUUUACAGAUGGUGAUCUGAAGAAUAUAUCGAGACUGGCAGGUGCCACGAAAAAGGAAGAUCUCGAGAAGAUUGGUCGCUUUGGUCUUGGUUUCAGUUCCGUUUACCACUUAACUGAUGUUCCAAGUUUCAUUACCAGAAGUUAUGCUGUCUUUUUUGAUCCAGAAACAACACACCUUGGCCACCACAUACAGAAUGCUUCCAAGCCUGGAAUAAAGAUAGAUCUGGCGGUAAAUGAGAACAGUUUAACCUGUUUUCCUGACCAGUUUGCACCCUUCAAUGGGCUUUUUGGCUGUGACACUAGUCCACCCAGCGAUCACGACAAGUUCUACUUUCAAGGAACUCUCUUCAGAUUUGCAUUCCGAACUAAGCGAGGCGAAAUCAGUGAUAAGAUCUACAAUAAGAAGGAAAUGCAGUCCCUCAUGUUUUCUUUCCAAGAAUCAUCGCCGACCCUUCUUCUGUUUUCACAGAAUGUUAGAAAGGUGUCCUUCCUUGAAGUGGAUGAAAAUGCGACUGAUUCUAAAGACUCGCGACUCCUCUUUGAGAUCUGCAGAAAAAGUCAGACAGAAUGUAUACCAGUCGAGAAUUCUGUAACGGAAGGUACCUUUCUAAAGUCAUGCGCAGCAUGGACAAGACAGUCCACUAGUCAGUCCAACCCUUCUGCCAGCUAUCCAUCUCCCAAACUAACGGAGCUCGUAUCUGUGAGUUCCACCAUCUCUCGUAAGAAUGGAGAGAGGUGUCAAGAAACCCAGUCUUGGCUUGUGACCUCUUGUCUUGGUACUGAAAAUUCUUUUCGGCUUGCAACAAGUGAGGAGGGUAAGAAGCAGGGACUCUUAUCUGCCUCAGGAGUGGCAGCAAAAAUUUGCAUCCAGGGCGAUGGCUUCGAAAAAGUAGAGGCAGUGCCUGGAGAAAUGUUUUGUUUCCUUCCCCUUAAUAUUCCAACAGGGCUUCCAGUACAUGCUAAUGGUUACUUUGCAGUCACAUCAAACCGCCGAGGAAUCUGGGAAGGUACUACAGCUGAUGUCGGCCGUCAACCUUUAGAAGUGCGGUGGAACCAAAGCCUCAUGGAGGAUGCAUUGACUCAGGCCUAUGUUCAGCUCUUUGGAAGUAUGAUUGUUAUGCAAAUACUAGGAAAAAUCCCGUUGUAUGAUGUUUUCACGCUCUGGCCAAAUCCAGACAAACUUCAGUCAUCCGCGUGGAAACCACUCAUCAAGAGCUUUUAUCGAAGAAUCGCGAGAGAUAACCUUCCCUUAGUGCACACAGGAGGGGAAUGGCUCCCAGUGACUGAAUGCAUUUACCAAGACCUCAAGUUACGGGAACUUCCGAAUAGUGAGAUCGUCCUUGAAAAGUUUGAUUACAAAAUAGUGCAACUUCCAGACUUUGCCAAGAAAGGAUUUCAACAGGCUGGAUGUAUGGAAGUUAUCAACCAACGUACGAUGACACAAGAAAAGUUUCUCCAAGACGUCUUUUUCCCGAAUAUCACGGCAAUACCCGAAGAGCUUCGGGAUCCCAUUGUGUGCCACCUCAUGGAUGAAUGCCUUCGACGACAUGCCAGCAAUCGGUCCAAUCAGCUUCUUGAUCUAUACGAAUAUUUGCUUUCAAAUAAUCGUUGUAUUCCUUGUGGGCCAGAUACAGGGCAUUUAGCGCUUCCACAGGAUCUGAUAUCCCCGAAAGGUGCCGCUGCGACUCUGUUCUCAGCAGACGAUAGGAGAUUCCCAGUUGGGUCAUGUUAUCAAACUAAGGAACGUCUUCUCAUGCUUCAGAACCUGGGAAUGUUAUCAGAUAUUCUUGACUGGGAAACCCUGAUUGAGCGAGCAAACUCUGUGUCAGUGCUCUGUAGAAGAGCCGAACAAGACGCUAGGAAGAGAUCUGCCCGUCUCAUCAAGUAUAUAAAUGUUCACCUUGAGAAAUUGGACCCCCCUACAGAAUUGAAUAGAGAGGAUUUAAUGGCAAUCAGUAUGUUUCCUACUCUUGCAAAGCCAGCAAACUAUGUUAUACCAUGGAGAGGUACUGGUGAUUGGAACAGUGUUAUCCUUCCAGCGAAGGAAAUGUACGACGAAAGGUAUAAGUUUGUCGCAGGGUCCUCACGGCCAAUCCUUGAUGAAAGUGAAAGUGGCUGCAGUAGGUUAAGCAAGAAAACGCGACAUCUUUUUGGUUUCAGCUUCCGUAAACCAUCUGCCCAUGAGGUUCUUGGCCAGUUGGAGCAUGCAGUUCAAGCAAUAGUCCAGUCGCCCCAUGUGAACCAAGGUUUGGAACAUAUCUUCCAUUGCAUAUACGAUUAUUUACAAGAACUUGUUCAGGAACCAGAUGGCGAGGGAAUUGUACAUGCAUUACAAGAAAAGAGAUGGAUACUGGUUCAAGGAAAGUGUCUGUCGGCCUCUCGGCUGGCUUUCACGUGGAAGCGAUUUGGUGAGCCUUACCUGAACGAAGUGCCACAGAAUCUUGCGUCGAAGUAUCGUAGGUUAUUUCAAGCGACAGGAAUCAAAGAGCACUUCUCCACCGAAGACGUCAUUUCUGCACUUUACGAGCUCUAUGAGGAGAAACAAGGAGAACGUCUGUCUACGAAAGAGUUUAAAGUUUCAAAAUCUUUGAUCGAGGAAAUAUCGGAAGCCUCAACGGAAUCCUUUGAAACGGAAAGGGGGAAGAUUCCUCUGCCCAACCAGAAUCUAUUUUUACAACCAGCUGAGAAAUUAGCCAUUAAUGAUGCGCCAUGGGUGGCUGCUAGAAGUGGUAUCGACUAUGUUCACAAGGACCUGCCAAUUGACCUUGCACACAGGCUUGGAGCAAUUGAUAUUCGAACAAAGAAACUAUCAAAAAUAUCUCGUCCAAUCGGACGUGAGUUUGGACAACGAGAGGAGCUUACUGACCGUUUAAAAGGAAUUUUGAAAGCAUAUCCAUGCGAUGUUGGAGUCCUAAAGGAGCUUGUUCAGAACGCUGAUGAUGCAGGGGCCACUGAGAUACACUUCAUCGUUGACCCUCGUAACCAUCCUACCGACCAGCUGUUAAGUGACAACUGGAAGGAACUGCAAGGUCCUGCCCUGUGUGUCUACAACAACCGACCAUUUUCCGAAGAGGAUUUAGAGGGGAUACAAAGGCUUGGAAUUGGAAGCAAAACAGACGAUCCUACAAAGACAGGUCAGUACGGAAUUGGAUUUAAUGCCGUCUACCACCUAACAGACUGCCCAAGCUUUAUCACAAAUGGAGACACGCUUUGCAUUCUCGACCCCCAUUGCCGUUACGCUCCUCAAGCGACAAAGGAGAAUCCAGGACGUAUAAUUGGACCAAUCGGUGCGGAGGAACGAUCGGAUUUCUGUGAUGUAUUUCCUUGCUAUCUGGAAAACCUGUUUGAUUUGAGUUCCGCAACUAUGUUCCGCCUUCCUCUCAGAACACAAAGCACGUCGUCAAUUUCUCAAAGACGGGUUUCCCACACAGAAAUGAUGAAAUUUAUGAACCUGUUGGCUUAUGAAGCUAAAGAAAUUAUUUUGUUUUUGAACCACGUGAAGACUAUAACUCUGUCUGAAAUCAAAGGGGGACAGCUAACAGAAAUUUACUCGGUUUCGGCACAGCUAACACCACACGAUGAAGCACAACGCGCGAGGCUUGCAAAUCAUAUCAAGAUAUCCAAGACUCUGGAGACGAAUCAAAUUGAAUGGCUCGGAAUUACAUAUCCUCUUAUUGUUCAGGAACAUGGAUUACGACAGGAAAAAUGGCUUAUUCAUCAGUGUAUUGGUCUCCUGGGAAGUACGAGUGAAGAAGUUCCUAACGGUAAAAGCUUUGGUCUCCUACCUCGCGGAGGAAUAGCAGCAAAGGUUUCAGAGAAGUCAGAAAGCUCAAAGUUCCAUUUCAACAAGAGAAGUGAACCAAGGCACAAGGCCUUCUGCUUUUUGCCAUUGCCAGUUAACACAGGGCUCCCAGUUCAUGUGAAUGGUCAUUUCUAUUUAGAUUCUGCACGCCGAAAUUUGUGGCGUGAUGAAAAGGAAGAAGGAUUCGGAAGCCAAUGGAACCACUUCAUCAAAACCAAGAUUUUGUCCCAGGCGUACAUCUCACUGAUGUUAGUGGCGCGAGGACAUUUGCCAGGGUCGAAAGAAGAAGAUGCUGCUUGCUUCCCCAGGGCACACAAUCUCCACAAAGGAAUGCGAUGGUAUCAUAAUCUAUUUCCAAAUUUCAAAUCUGUAGAAAGCCAGUGGAAAAUUCUGGCAGAGGCAGUAUUCAAAAUGAUUUGCGUUGUGGAUGCUUAUUUGCUUCCCUUGACCAAAAAGACCGCUGAGAAAACUAUGGAGGCCUCUCAAGCUCCUCAAGCUGCUGCAGUUGUCCAGGAAGUAUUUAGGUGCUGUUGGCUUCCUCCCUCACAAGGCUUUUUUAACAAUUUGAAUUUAUCUAGUGAAACCGAAAGCGAUCUAUGCAAGAUACUUUUGAGAGUGGGUUUCAAGCUUCUUUAUUCCUCGGUGACACUCUUUAGGGACUUUAAAGAGGCAGGCACAAACGUGAGAGAGAUCACACCCGAAUUCGUCAUUCACUUUCUCAAGGAGAACCCGCGUAGCAUCGGUACGUUACCAUAUCCUGUUGGAGAGACAACGCUUGGCUCUGUGAGGGGUGUUCUCCUUCUCUUAAGCUACUGCAUGAAAGCAAAAAAAUUUCCCACAGAAAUGUUUGGUUUGCCUUUAUUGCUGACUGAAGACAACAUUCUUAGGAGAUUUAAGACAGAUGGCCAAGUGUUCUUAAGCCUGUUUGCCGAUUUGGUACCAACUCAGCGUUUUCGAUUCAUCCAACACACAUUAGCCACAGCUUUACUUCAUCACUUCAAGAAAGAUAUUUUCGCUUCCGAUCAAAGUGUUCUCCGGGAAUUUGACAUCAGUGCAUUAGCAUUGCUUCUACCGAGUAUGGCAAAUCCUGGCUGGUUUGAAACAAACACUCUAAUAACAUGGAAUGUGAAUGAACAACCGUCUGAAAGCUGGAUGCGACGGUUAUGGGAGUUCUUACACAAAACCUAUAUGAGGAAUCCGGAAGCCUUUUCUCUAGACCCCUUACAAAAUUGGCCCAUCCUUCCAACUAAGUCAGGGAAGUUAGCACCAGUUUCUAAAGGAAAGGUAAUUCUUGACCUCACCCGUUCAGAUUCGUGGUCACCUGGCCAGGAGCAUGUUACUACUUUGUUAAGGAAAUUGAAAUGUCCAGAAGUUAAUGUCAAUCUCAUCAGCGAUGACGGAAGGUGGGAUGUAUCGGACAUACUGAAGUCUAGCGUCUCCUACCCCAACUCACCGCAAGAUGUACUGAAAGUACUGGAUCACCUGAUGAAGGAUGACGACAUUUCCAAUUUUCUAUCCGAGAACGACAAGAUCUGCAUGUUGCAAUUCUUUCAAGACGAUUUAACAACUUUAAAGCAAGACCGAACCUGUACUUUUAUCGUGAAAAGCCUACCGUUUUUCAAGACCUUCCAUGGAGAAUUUGUCAGCCUUGAAAAUUUUAAAUCAGUUUACGAAAUCCCAGUGGGUAUACCAACUGAUGAGUCGAAUAUCUGGAUGAGAGGAAAUAACUGUGUAUUUUUAGCGCCCGAACCCAGGUUGACCCGCCUGUACAAGGAUCUUCUAGGUGUCGGUGAUAAAACACAUACAGAUUGUUAUAUCAACUUCAUUUUCUCAAAGUUUCCCUUUCUCCAACCGAAAACUCGAAUGCUUCACCUGGACUACAUUAGACAAUGUUUACUGGCUCCGUACUGCAACGAAGAGCAACAAGCAACAAUUCUCAAAUCUCUCAGCACCUUGGCAUUUAUUCCAGACGCCAAUGGCACGUUACAAACUGCGUCCUAUUUUCAUGAUCCAGGCGUACAAGUCUUCGUGGAAAUGUUGCCACGUGAAGCAAAGCCACCAGAGCCGUUUAACAAUAUAACGUGGCUGGAGCUCCUUCGCAAAAUCGGCUUAAAGCAGAAAGUCAGCAAAGCUGAAUUCCAAACCUUUGCCAAUCAACUGGCUUCUCAAGCGGUACAGACGAGCAAUUCAGAUUAUCCUUCAUUGGAAAAGAAGUCAAAGACACUUGUUAAGCACCUCUUAAGAGACGACACUCUGCACGAUGCAAAGUUCCUUGUGGACCUCUCCACCAUAAAGUUUGUAGCCUGUCGAAAGGCGAGUGACGACUUAAGUCUCCUUCGCCGGCAGUAUUUGGUACCUAAUCGAGAUCAAAUUCCUCCAUUUAACCAUUUCAAGCAUUCAAUUCCAUACAUGCACGAGGCACUUGCAUGGACUACUGCAUCUCUUCUCUUUGAGUGGGCUAUUCCAAACCCCCAAAAACCACUGCUUAAAAACCUUCAAGUUUUCAUGAAGCCCUCACUGGAACAAGUCAUCAGUCAUGUUGGAAAACUUUCACAGACUCUUUCAAAGAGUGCAGAUCGAGAACAACCAGAACCCAAACGGCAACGUCUAAGCCAAAUCAUGACAGAAGUUUAUAAAUUUCUUACAGAUACUAGCGCUUGUAGCGGUACCAAUUCUAAUGAGUCUUGUUCAGUCAAUUGUGAUACAAUUUGCGAACAGCUUUCCGAUAUUCCUUGCGUUCUUGUAGAAGGUGGACGUGUCUUCGUCCGCGGCAACCAGCUGGCAUUUCACCUUGAAGAAGAACAGCCGCCGUACCUGUACAGAGUUCCUCGAGAAUAUGGAAGCUUUGAACACUUGCUCAAGCGACUUGGAGCUAUGGAGAAAGCAACACCAGCGCAGUUCGUUCAAGUUUUAACUAAUCUCAGAGAAUCUUGUGGAGACGAACAGAUGCACCCCAAUGAAUUAAAAGUUGCGAAACGGGCUGUGUUUGGCCUAUUUACUACUUUGCACGCCAUAAUCGACCGAAAAGAAGAUAGCAAUGGAAGCAACCCAUUAGCUGAAGUCCACACCUUGUAUCUUCCAAACAGCAAAGAACAGCUCAGGCGAUCUACAGACUUGGUCCUAUUUGAUUGUCCUCAAUUCAAACGUCGUCUGUCAGAUUCUAUUUUCGAGUUUCUUGAUGACCUAAAAAAAUGCCAAUUAACGAUGGAAAACCCCAGUAAGCUAAUUGACCUUUUGCCAGACCACUUGAAAACAAAGUCCUUGGCAUCCUUGGUGAGGGAAGAACUCCAGGCCGAAUGCAGAGAAAAGAAAUGCCAAGCUGACGUGGAAGGGAAAUGUGAGGCUACAGAUCGCAUUCGUCACAUAUUGUAUUCGCCAUAUCUCAUAAAUGGAAUUCUACGAAUACUGAAGUCCCAGCACGACAAAGCCAAAUUGACAAAAGAGGUCUGCGACAAAGUUCACAGUUUUCAAAAAGCACUAACCAUCAGUUGCAUGGAAACCUUAUCCACGGAGUUAAUCGAUAAUGAAUCUGACACAAUAAUUCCUAAAAGUCAAAGACGAACUUACUCUGGUUGCUUCGUGGGGCAGGACAAUGGUAAAAAGCAUAUCUUCAUCCAACAUGGUGCAGAGUCUGGUAAUACGAGGAGACAGAUAUGCUCGGAAAUCUACCGCCUGACCGGCUGCUUCCUCAAUGAAGAGAACAUAUUACACUUGGCUGCUAUCCUUGAGUGUACGUCCCCGGCUGAUAUUUCCAUCACACUGGAUAAUGCUGGAGUCUGGGAUGAUGGAGAAGCAGCCGAAACACCAAGGUUGGAAGCGAGCCUUGGUUCUGAGGUCCCUGAAGAGUUCCACGAACUUCUAGACCAGUACAAUGACUUCUAUUUUCGCCCAGAAGAGUUUGUUGCAUUUGAGAGAGAAGAUUCGACCGAAGAGGAACCGAAGUACAUUUAUGCAAAAAUUGUCCGACAAAUUGAAAAGUCAUAUUCUGGUGAAGGAAAAGGAGAGAGUAACCUUCUUAGUAGGUAUCUAAUUGACAUCGGCCAAGAAAGGAAAGAAGUCGACGUACUGGAUUUGUAUAAGUUUAGACGACCGCAGAAGAGCGAGGAAGAGGAAGAAGACGAGGAAGAGUCUAUUUCAGAGUCGAUGGAGGUUGUGCCUUAUGAAGGAGCGAGUGGCGAAAGUACUGGACAAGCAGGGGUGGAGUCAUCGAGGCCCGCUCAAGGAGCAAGUGAGUCACCUAAGCCUAGGACAUUGGAAAGCGCUCUGAGAGAAGUGGAAGAGGCUUUUGUGGAAAUUUGGAAGCUUCCAGAAGAUAAAAGAAAGAAAGCAAUAAGGCGACUAUACCUGCGAUGGCAUCCAGACAAGAACAUGGACAUGCAAGACAUGGCAAAUGAGGUCAUGAAGUUUAUACAAAACGAGUUCGAAAGGUUAUCAACGGGAAAUUUGUCAAGCCGCAAUGAAGGGUAUCCAAGGCCACCGCCACCAGAUUUCUCGGACUUCUUCAGGCGGUGGAAUGAAAGAGCUCGACGACAGCGCUCAAGUUACGACAACUACCGCCGCUACAACCAACGAUUUACAGGUUUCCCAUCGCACUCGAGAAGGACCUACAUGGCACCUAAUCCACGCGUAGCGAAGGUGUGGAUUCGUCAAAGCAAAGAAGACCUGCGGUCCGUAAAACUUCUCUUGACUGCCCGAGAUCCACCUUACUACCUGGUCUGCUUCCAGUGCCAUCAAAUCGCUGAGAAAUCUCUCAAAGCAGCUCUUUACGCUCUAUCAGGAGUCGCAGAUAGGCAACUGAUAUCUCAUGACUUGAUACUAUUGGCAAAUGAUCUUUCACGGCUUCCUAGAGCUCCAGAUGUGACACCGCAAGUGGCCAGGCUGUCUGACUAUUACUUGGGCACUCGAUAUCCUAACAAGCACAUCCCACCUAAAGUGCCUGCUGAGGUGUUCCAAGAUGUUCAGCAAGCACAGGAAGCGUUCAGACUGGCCACAGAAGUUUUGGAAGUACUAGAACAGGUUGUUGGACCAUAA